UUUUUUUCAAAAUUAGGUCAACUAUAUAUUAGUAGGUGAUGCACUAGUGUAACAGAUGAAUCGACUUGUGAUUUCUUUUUUGACAUUAAAUUUUUUUGUAUGAAACUUUUUGACAUUAAUUAAUCUGGAGUGUUCAACAUGAUGCAGGUGGGAGAACUUGCGGGAAUUGCGGUGGGAGCCACCGUCAUGCUCAACAUACUCAUAGCAGGGCCUGCAACUGGAGGUUCAAUGAAUCCAGUAAGAACACUGGGCCCAGCAAUUGCUACAAACAACUUCAGAGGCAUAUGGUUAUAUCUCAUAGCUCCUAUUCUUGGAGCUCUAACUGGGGCAGGUGCAUACACUGUUGUCAAAUUGCCUAAUGAAGAAUUUAACCCAGAGUUAAAAGCCUCUUCUGCCCCUGGCAGUUUCAGAAGAUGAUGAUAACUCAUCCAUAAUAUCCCUACAUAAGAGAACUACUCCACUAGAUAUUUUUAUAAGAAAAGGUUGAGUUAAAAUUUAGUCAAAAAAAUUGAUGUAUCUGGUCCAUAUUAUGAAUAAGAUAUAUUAACUUUUGUUGACUAAA